GUGUUUUGGGUUUGAUACCUAUUUAUGUACCUACGGAUUUAAUUAUUUUUUCUUAUUUGAAAGGAAGUCGAAAUGCCUUCAUAAUAGCAAUACAAUAUGAAGUUCAUUACGGGAUUAUACAUUAUAUUUUUUACAAGAAUAUUUAACGUGUCAUCAUCUAGAGUUUUAGAACUAAGUGACAGAUUUUUAGAGUUUAGCAAAGAUGGAAUGUGGUUUGUUAAAUUCUAUGCGCCUUGGUGUUCACACUGUCGGCGCAUGGAACCUACUUGGGCGCAUGUGGCACAAGCCUUGUAUAAUACUCCCGUAAAAGUAGCCAAAGUCGAUUGUACCCGUUUUACAGCUGUGGCCUCACAUUUUCAUAUCCGAGCUUAUCCUACUAUCUUGUUUUUAAAAGGAUCUUUUCAGCAUGAAUACACAGGAGAUAGGGUUAAAGAGGAUUUGAUUAAUUAUGCAAUGAGAAUGUCACAGCCAGCAGUGCAGAGAAUAUCUCGUGGUAACAGCAUUGAAUAUUUAAAAGAAUCUCAUCCUGUAUUCUUUGGAUUCAUUGGCAAACAGGAAGGGCUUUUAUGGGAAAUGUUUACAAUUCAUGCUGAGAAAUAUCAGCCUCAUUCCUGGUUUUAUGCAAUGACCCAUGAAGUAAUAAAACAUGAAAUCAAAGUUCCUAAUGAAACAGCUAUAUUUGUUUAUAAAGAUAAUGAAGCAUUUUUCUUUGAAGUUAAAGAUGAAUUACUUGAAGACAAAAAUAUGUUAAACAACACCUUAGGCAAAUGGAUUAAUUCUGAGAGAUUUGGUUUUUUCCCCAAAAUAACCCGAGCAAAUAUUAAUAGUCUGAUUGAUACUGAAAAAUAUAUUGUGAUAGUAGUAGUUGCAGAAAAUAAACUUGAAGAAAUAUCACAAACUGAAAGAGAUUUUAAAGAUAUGGUAGAAGGAAUUAUAAUGAAAAGAAAAAAUGAGCUACAUUCCCAUUUUCAGUUUGGUUGGAUGGGUUCACCAGAACUAGCAAAUUCUAUUGCUAUGUCUGAACUUACUGUACCUCAUUUAUUAGUAUUAAACUCAACAACAAGUCAUCAUCAUAUUCCAGACGAUGAUCCAGUAUUAAUGACACCAGAAGCAAUCUCACUGUUUCUUGAUCAAAUACACAACCAGCAAGCUACCGUAUAUGGUGGCAAUGGCUGGCCAGUAAAACUAUAUAGAGGUUUCUUUGAAGCAAGAACUACAUUGGCAAACAUGUGGCAUGGAAACCCUGUUCUAACAGCUCUUAUCUUUGGUCUGCCACUGGGCUUUCUCUCACUGAUAUGCUAUUCAGUGUGUUGUGCUGAUAUUUUAGAUGCUGAAGACGAAGACACACCAGAACUACACGAGAAAAGGGACUAAAUAUUGUGUUCGGAAUCAUAGUGGGGACGGCAUGUUGGAGCCAUCGCAAAACUAUGAAGUAGGUACCCAAAAAUGUUGAGUUCUCCGACAUGGAUAUUUUUCAAAUAAUUUCCCAACAUUGCGGAACUGAAUUGUAGACAGUAUGUGAAUGAUUUCUUAAAACUCCCGCCUAAUGUUUAUGUCCCUAACCCGAUUCAAAUUCGAAACAUUUAUACAAUUAUUUCAUAACAAAGCCUAAUCUUAAUUUACAUCCUUUAUUGCAUAUAUAAUUUUGUUUGUGGAUAACUUGUCUAGAAU